AUGAUGCGGCUCAUGCAGAAAUAUGACAAAGAUCAAGGCGUUGUUGGCGUGAAUGAUCUGGAGCGAUGGCCAAUCGAUUCUGCCGCUGUGGGUUUUUUGUCCGCUACCGAGACGGCAGGAUCAAUCAAGUCUCUGAAUCAUCAACCCCUGUUGGCGGGGAAGCACCGCCCAAGCGAUGAUCUGGUCGUUCUCGCAAGAGCAGCUCUGCUCUCCAGUAGUGUGAAUUUCAUUUACAAUCCCGAGUUCCAAUCGCUAACGGACCAAGAUAUGGUGCACAGUUCUCAGAUAUUCGCAAGUUCUCAUCAUGGUCGUACGGCCUCACCAAUAUGCAACAUUCUACGCGUCUCCUACAGUUCUAUUUUUAAAAAGUCUCUCUACUAA